AUGUUUUACGGAAAUAUAUUUCUUUUUUUUAUUCUCAUAACUGAUAUAUCAGCUAGAUAUGGUCCUGCUCCAAAACGCGGUUAUGGAAGUCAACAAAAUAAUCCCGUUCAAAAUAAUAUUCCUGUAAUAAAUUAUCCUUAUUAUCCAUACUAUACAUAUCCAUAUUAUCCCUAUAUUCCGUACUAUCCUCCACAAUAUAAUAUUCCAUAUUCAUGUAAAAGAUAUUACAAUAAAAAAAUAAAACUAUUAGAAUUUCAACUUAAAAAAACAAAUGAUUAUUUAAAACAUCUAAAAUUAAAAUUAAAAGAAAUAGAGGAAAAUCCAAGUAAAAGUUAUGAACAAAAAAAGUUAUACAAAAUAAUAAAACAAAAAAUAUAUUAUGCUAAUAAAUAUUUAGAUAAGUAUAAAAAAGAAUUAUCAUAUUUCAAGCAAAAACUUAGCAAAUGUUGGGGUUAUAAAACAACUACCACAAAACAUUCAACAACAAAAAAAUUAACUACCAUAAAAUCAUCAACAGGAGAAAUAUCUACUACAAAUAAACAUUCAACUACAAUGAAUUCAACUACCAUUAAACCUUCAACAACAGAAAAACCAUUUACUGUUGUAAUUUCAACUUCAAAAAAUCCAACUACACCAAAUUUGUCAACAACAUUAAAGCCAUCUACUAUAAAAAAUUCAACUACAAAAAAAUCAACAACGGCGAAGCACUCUACCAUAAGAAAAUCUACAACCAUUAAAUCAUCAACAGGAAAAAUAUCCACUACAUUGAAACCAUCUACUAUAAAACAUUCAACUACAAUGAAAUCAACAACUACAAAGAAUUCAACAACAAAAAAAUCUACUACUAUUGAAUCAUCAACAGGAAAAAUAUCUACAACAUUGAAACCAUCUACUAUAAAACAUUCAACAACAGUAAAAUCAACAACUAUAAAGAAUUCAACAACAAAAAAAUCUACUACUGUUGAAUCAUCAACAGGAAAAAUAUCUACUACAUUGAAACCUUCUACUAUAAAACAUUCAACUACAAUGAAAUCAACAACUAUAAAGAAUUCAACAACAAAAAAAUCUACUACCGUUGAAUCAUCAACAUUAAAAAUAUCUACUACAUUGAAACCAUCUACUAUAAAACAUUCAACAACAGUAAAAUCAACAACUAUAAAGAAUUCAACAACAAAAAAAUCUACUACUAUUGAAUCAUCAACAGGAAAAAUAUCUACAACAUUGAAACCAUCUACUAUAAAACAUUCAACAACAGUAAAAUCAACAACUAUAAAGAAUUCAACAACAAAAAAAUCUACUACUGUUGAAUCAUCAACAAGAAAAAUAUCUACUACAUUGAAACCUUCUACUAUAAAACGUUCAACUACAAUGAAAUCAACAACUAUAAAGAAUUCAACAACAAAAAAAUCUACUACUAUUGAAUCAUCAACAGGAAAAAUAUCUACUACAUUGAAACCUUCUACUAUAAAACAUUCAACAACAAUGAAAUCAACAACUAUAAAGAAUUCAACAACAAAAAAAUCUACUACUAUUGAAUCAUCAACAGGAAAAAUAUCUACUACAUUGAAACCUUCUACUACCAAAAAACCUUCAACAACAGAAAAACCAUUUACUGUUGAAAAAUCAACUUUAAAAAAUCCAACUACACUUAAAUCUUCAACAACACUGAAACACACUGCUAGAAAAUUUUUAUAUUUCUUUUAG